AAAAAGAGCAUUAAUGCAAAUGAACAACAGGGAGGAAAUAAAAUACACCACGUUAAGGAUGUUUGCUUAUUAUGAGGUCCCUAAAUCCAGAUUCAGUCAUGGAUAUGGAGAGAGAAAUUCCAGAAAGCAAAACCUAUUUCCUGUUUUAUGGUUUGGAGGCGGGGUUUCAGUGAAAUCAGGAACCCAUAUGAGAUCGUCAGUGGGACCCCGAACCGCAGUUUGGGCACCGAAGGUGAUGACAGACAGCUGGGAGGCACAGAUGUGCUUGUUGUUUUUGCACAACGUCGCUGGAUGAAGUCGGCGAGACGCGCGUUGCCCUGAGCUCUCUCUGCGUUCCACAGUGCAGCGUGAUGGGACAACGUGAGUGAGAGAUCGGUUCGGUUGGUGUUCAUGGAGUGGAGUCCAGCUGUGUUCUGCCUGAUCGGGGCUGGACUUUUCCUGGUCCUCCCUCCAGCUGUUUCCUCUACAACCUCCAGGCCUUUCCCUCGACCUCCAGGGCUGAUCGGCUGUGAGUUCAUGCAUCGGGGUAACGUCACCUGUAGCUGGGAGCCGGGAGACUCCACCACGACCAGCUACACCCUGCAGGUUCAGAGGACGCCCAGAAACGGCUCUCCGAAGACGUUCACCUGCACCACGCCUGACACCAACUGCACCGUAGGACUCGGUCGCUCAACUGUGACAAUUAUCUUCUGCAUCACCAUCACAGCACACAGUGGAAGUCGAAACAUUUCAUCGCUUCCUCGAUGUCAGCCCGGCAGGACAGAAGUGAUUUUGCCUCCAGCGAUUUUGAACAGCGUAAAAGCUGUCCAUGGCUCCUCUCAGUGUCUGAAUGUAAUCUGGAGUCGCAUCUUGUCCGUCUUUCCCGUGGCUGACUCCGAAAUCGAAGACGGAAAGCUGAAUUCUCAAAUCGAGUUUACUGUUCAGGGGCAGCUCGACGUUCAGGUCAGAAAUGUGACAGUGAAGGGUUACAGGGUCCUGGUUUGUCUCUUCAGACCCGACACCUCAUACAUCGUCCGGCUUCGCCACCGCUACCAGGGCCCUGCCAGCCCAUGGAGCCCAUGGAGCAACGCACUUCAGGGAAGGACAGGAGAGGACGCUCCCUCUGCAGCACCAGUAUUCUGGAGACAAGUGAAACACACUAACAGAGAUGGAUGCAGACUCAUCACUUUGCUUUGGAAGCCCUUGUCUCACUUUCUGGCCAAUGGCAGAGUUCUCUUCUACAAUGUGACUUGUUGGACAGAAAAUGCUCAGGUUUUGAGCGAUCACGGGAGUUGCAGAGAUUUGCAGAGUUCAAGUACUUCCUGUAGCUUGUUUCUGCCUGCUGAACGUUGCUCCUGUGCUCUGACGGCCUCCACCUCUGCAGGAACCUCACCACCAGCCCGAAUGUUGCUCCCUGGGGCUUCUGAGAUAGAGCCUCCAUCUCCGGGCCAAAUCGCUGCAAGGCCUUUGGAUGACAGCCGCAUAGAAGUUAGUUGGACGGCUCCGGUUAAGCAGCCAGUGAGCGGCUUUGUGGUGGAGUGGUUCGCUGUCAGAGAGGAAAACAGCAGCAUCCUGUGCUGGGAGAAGCUCAACACUUCCUGCACAACGCUGGUCAUCACAGAGGGACUGAAGCCGAUGGAACGGUACGCUGUUUCUGUCAAAGUGCUGUACGGUGAACAAGAUGUUGGGAAAAACAGGACGCUCCAGAUUUACACAAGACAAGGAACGCCAUCAGCUGGUCCUGAUGUGAAAGUGCUGCGGAUCUCCGGCAGCUCGGUGGAGCUCAGCUGGAGUGCUGUACCUGUGGAGCUGCUUCGUGGUUUCCUGCGCAACUACAGUCUGUACUACACAACCAGAAACCAACCGGCAAGGAGCGUUUUUGUGCCUGGUCAUGCUCACCGCUACACUCUGGAGAAUCUGUCGCCUGGUAACUACGACAUCUUCAUGCGGGUCAACACUGACGCCGGCACCGGAGAAGCUGGGACUCAAGCUAUUGUGCACAUAAGCUCUGAAGAAAUCUCGAUUUUUAUGUAUGUUGUCCUGCCACUCAUGCUGACUUCGCUGGCGCUGGUGCUGAUGGCCUGUCUGGCACAGAGUAAGAUAGUGAAACAGAAGCUGUGUCAAGACGUCCCAGAUCCAUCAAAUAGCAGUUUGUCCCGCUGGAACCCUAAAACUAAUUUAGAGAGUAUGAAGCAUCCCGUGGUGCCAGAGAAGCCUGAAAUCAAAUACUCUGAGGUGAUUUUUCUCGGUGAGCUGCAGAACUCUGACCCAGAUCAGGACCCCAGUUACCAGAGGGUCCAAACGUACUCCUCCACUCUGAAAUCUCCGCUUCCGGUUGGAAUAUCAGAGGAGAUGCUCACCAAAAGCUCAACCAAAACCAAGACGACCUCCGUCAAAGAUCUCUCCACCUGCCCCUCCAUCUACUCCAGCAUCCUCUUCCCUCAACAUCCUCCUCCACCCUCCAAUCGCAGUCAACCCACCGACUGGCAGCCAGGCUCCGUCAGCAUUAGCAAUGGAGUGACGGAGCCUCCCAGUUCACAUUUAACUCCAGCAGAUGAACAGAAAUCUCUCAGUCUUUGUCCCAAACAACAUCAAAGCCCUUUUUCCUUCUUAAACUUUGGCAGUGAGGUCGCUUCACCCAAACAUCCUUUUACUCAAAGCAGCUUUAUCUCGCCGCUUUCACUCCAACCCAACACCUUAACUCACCCCGAUGACAGUUUUCCUGCGUCCUUUUCAUCUUUUCUUCCUUCUGUUUUUGUGGAUAUCUCCUACUGCCCUGUGGAGUGUGGCCCUUACAUCUCCUCUGAUUAGAUUUUUUUUGUUUUUAAGUUGUAAAUAUGCACAGUGGAUGCUUAUUCGGAUACAGAUUUAGUGUUUUAAUUCUUCUUUUUGAUGGCAUCUUCAAAUAUAAUCCGACUGUAAUUGUGAGUUUCUAACUUGAGGGAGAUUUUCCUUGAAGUUGAUGUCUUACAUCAGCCAAAGUGCACUUUUAAUUGUUAAAAAAACACACACACACACAAAUUGAACUGCUAAUGUGCUAUUAUUAGUUCAUGUUAACUGUUUUACUGUGAGUUGUGCAACAAAUGCUUUCUAUAUUUGACACUGCAAUCUUUCUACAAAGCUAUAACAAUGUGAACAGGCAUCAGUAGGCAUUUAAGUACUACUUAGAUUUGUUUUUUUCUGAGAGUGAUAAUAGAAAAUAUGAUGCACUUUCAAGCCUGUACAGAAAUUUGACGAGAUGAAAUGUAAAAUAUAUAUUUUAGAGACACUGUUAUUUGUGAUUGAUUGCUAUAUUUUUGAAUGUGUUUGAGCCAUUAUAAAGUUUGGAAAAUGUUAUUUUUGACAUUUUACAGACACAAAUUUGAUAUAUAUAUAUGUACUGUAUGUUUGAGCCAAACCUUAAAUGGAAUGUAAAUAACACAAUCUGCUGCUUGCAUAAUUAUCUUUGAGAAUGGCUGCUUUAUUUUUCUGUUUUAAAUGCACUGCCCUUUAUGAAUGUUGCUGUUAUACAUCUGAAACCAACUCAAGCUGCUACCAAAAGCUUUACUUUUGGGUUGUUGUUUGUGUGUGAUUAUUCACCAGGUAGAAAAAUAUAUAUAUAAAUGGAGAACUUUUGACGUAACCUGCAACCUGCCUGCAUUUCUAAAUCUUCCUGUAUAUUUCCAGUUAUUUCCCUCCGCCAGCUGUUUCUGUUUGUUGCAUGCGGCUGAUUUGCACUUUUCUCCUUGAUAUAUUGCACAUUUUUACACCUUUGCAGUCACUCUCUGGCCUCUGCAGAGUUCUGCUUGUUGCCUCAUCAAGAUGUGAAAACUCACAGACCUCUGAAUCAGACCACUUUUGUACAGAUGGGUUUAUUUAUUCUCCAUGUCUCUGGAACUUUAUUGGAGGGAUGAAACAACAUUCUUCAAGAAGAUAUUUCCUCAUUUGAUGUUUUUAUGAUGGUGGUGGAGAGCACUGUCUGGCACGUUAAUCCAGAAUCUUUUAUAGUUGCUCAGUUUGGUUGAGAUCUGAUGGCUGCAAAAGUAAGAAUCAGAUCAUUUCCAUACUUAUUGAAUAAUUCAGUGACCCCUCAUGCACUAUGGAUGGAUCUUAUCAUUCUGUCAGAUCAGCUUUGUAUUGAUUUGCAAUGAGCCUUCCUUCUAAGUGGACUGAUUUUUCUUUUAAUUUGUCACCCACCUAUAGUGAAAACGCUGCUCACUGCUGGACUGUACAACAGGCCAUUUUAACAGCAGUGUUUUUAAAUGUGAUUACUUCAGAGCUGAAGUUGUGUUUGGUUUUACUCUUCAUUAUUCAUCAUUCUUUGGACAUUUAGGCAUUAAAAUAUAAUGUAUGAAACACCAUUGUGACAUGAAAACAGUGAAUCUACUGUGUGAUGAUUUAGUGUUUGGACUUAUUUCUUUGGUGUUUGAAGUUCCGUUUUCAGCCAGGCAGGUUAUUUUUAUUUUUCAUAGACUGGAUCAUUUAAUCAGUAUGUGUGCAAAAGAUAUUUUAACUUAAGUUUUAACUCAAGCAUCUCUGUGAGCUGGAAAUAUGAACCUCAACCAGUUUAAUUUUAUUAUAUGCACCAGUGCUGUUCUUCCUGUGACAUGCCAAAAAUAUAUCCACUGAAAUGAGCCUGUAAAUGUGGAAGCAUAUUUCUCCUAAGAAAAGAAAAAAUAGAUGAAAUGUUAUAAAUUAUAAAAACAAUAGAAUCCCUUAAAGGUUGAGUUUAUUAAAUACUGAGUAAAAGCGUUUGGAAAAGGCAAACUACAACAAAGUAUAAUUGAAUUUGCAUAGUUAUUAAUUCAGCAUAAACAGACUAAUAUUUUAGAAUAGGGGGCUGUCAUUUCAGACAGAAAUGAUUCAAAUAAAAAUACCCAGUGCGUGUCAAAAUUGUGACAUAUUAAAUCAGAUUCAUGAGAUGUUGCCUUUCUCAUAAUAAAUCAAAAUCUUCAUUUAAAGCCUAAUGUAACAGCAUGAGUAGUUUCAUUUUUUAUCAUUCAAACAUCAUCUAGUACCAGAAUAUAUCAUUUUAUACUGUUUUAUUGAUGCCUUAACAUGCAAGCAGCACUUCCAUUGCCUAUAUUUCUGUAUUUUACAUUUGAGUUUUUAAAAUAAUUGACAUCAGUUUGUAGAACUGUUUUCAUUUUGACGUGAAAGAGUCUUUUGUUGUUGUAAAAUCUUGUGAAAUGCCCAAUUGAAAAACAAUGACUCAAGGUUGAAAAACAAUAAAAAGGGGAAACCUA